AUGGAUCCAUCUAUCAUUGCUGGUAUUAUGUCCCGGGAAUCACGUGGAGGAAGCAUUCUGAUAAAUGGUUGGGGUGACCAUAACAAUGGCUUUGGCCUGAUGCAGGUUGAUAAAAGGUACCACAUACUUCAGGGAGCCUGGGAUAGCGAAGCACAUAUUGCCCAGGCAGUAGAUAUUUUAAUUUCAACAUACAAUCAGAUUAAGCAGAAAUUUCCAGGGCGAUCCAAAGAAGUUAUACUGAAAGGGAGCUAUUGCUGGAUACAACGCGGAGUUGGAAAUGUGAAGGACAUAAAUGAUGUUGACCGUUACACAACUGGAAAAGACUAUGCCAAUGAUGUUGUUGCACGAGCACAGUUCUUCAAAAGUAACGGAUAUUAA